AUGAUCACAAUUAUACUAUUCUACUUUUGCUAUAUUCACUACUGUACUGCGCAAGCUGACUCCGUUGACCUAUCGAUACCGGAGGACGCGGUCGGACGUCCACAAAAUCUCGUACCAAUCCGGAACGAAUCGUUGAAUGAUCCAACGAGAAAUCUAUGCUUUUGUAAUUAUGCCGGUGAUAUCUGUGACUCAAACAAUACAUGUAUCAAACACACAUUUGCGGCUUGCUUCCAUUUCAUGAAAGAGGUAAAUUUUUCACAUUUUGAAUCUUCCAAGAGCUGCGCGAACAUUUCUUUCUCGUUGAGAAUUAUACAAAUUCUGUCUUCCAUGACUUGAGA